AUGUCCUCUAACUCUCUUAAGGACUACUAUGCGGACCUCGGUCUCGAACUUGGCGCUUCCACUGGAGCCAUCAAGAAGGCGUUCCAGGGCCUUGCUAAGAAAUACCAUCUUGACAAGUCAGGAGUAGCGGAUGCCACGGUUUUCCGCCACGUCCGCGAAACUUUCGAACAGCUCUCCAAUGCUGAGUACCGCGCUCAAUACGACCGCUCCUACUGGCGCACAAAAUUCCAGACCGAGGUUCCGACUCAACAACAGAACAAUGAUGAAGGUGAAGAGAACUUGUGCGGCACAUAUGCCACCCGAUAUGGCGCUGAGACCCAAGAUGAAGCCCCUAGAGCAAGUCCACCGCCUGUCAAGUCGCGACGUAAGCCCAACGAGCCGAAUUGGCAGUACUUCUUGGGAAAGGCGUGUACCGCUUGGCAGAAGGAGGAGGCCGCCUACUGUAUGAGGCACCCUGAGAUUUACGAGAGGUGUGUGGACUCAUUUCUUUCAUACCUUGCCUUUACUAAAGUGCUCCCCAGCCCGCUCAACAGUGGCGCUCCAACUCCUAAGCCUGGAGGUAUGGCACAUGGCAUGGUCGUCCUGAUGUCCCACCCCUGCAUCCAACAAAGCUGCAUCUACAAGAGCACAGCGUGGCGUCUUCAGACUGGUGACGAAGAUCAAUGCGUAUUCUGCAUGGCCGUUCACACCGGCGGUAGGAGAUGUCCCGGCUGUGAGGUGCUGGCAUGUAAGACGUGUGUCGAGAAGGUUCGCGCGUUGGAGCGGAGCCCUUUUGAGGGAUUGAGGUCGAAGGCGCAAUGCUGCUCGUCCGGUGGUUAA